ACCGACAUCUCUCGGUACAGACAACUCAGAAACUCAGCAGCUCCCAAGAGUUCCUCAACGCGCUUCUUCUCUCUCUACCACUCGAAUACAAUUUUUUAAGAGUCCAAAAUAAAUUUGGAUUCAGUUUAUUUCGUCGUGCCAGCCCAGUUUGUCCAUUUUUUGAGAUAUUCCAGUGAUUUGCCGAAAUUAGUGCGACCACAACAUGAGGAUCUUUCUAGCACUUUUCAUCUUGGGGCACGCCCUGGCUGGUGUGCCACACUCCCAGCAGCUGACGGCCCAGAUAAACGCCGACAAAUUGAAACAUAACGAUCGACUUUUGCCGAUCGUCGUCCAGCAGAAGACGCCCAACGUUCCGGGUUCCGGCGUCCGCAUUCUGCGACAGCAGCCGGCCGGAUACCAAUACCAGCAGCCACCGACACCUUCCUUCUUCCUACCGACCCAGGCCAGCAAUCAAAUCCAAGCGGCUGUGACGUUGCCGCAGCAAUUGCUGCCAGCGUCGACGGCUCCUCCGCCAACCUUGGCCGCCACUACUUACCCGGCGACGGCCUACCUGCCGCCGUCCACCCCGCAACCAACGACGGCCGCUCCGCCGCAGGUGAUUAUUGUUGAACCUAUUCGACCGGUGACCAUUCCGGCUUUCAUCGCUCCGGCCACUACGGCGCCGAUUACUCUGCCGCCGGUCACCCAGCCGACGAUCCUUUCCUUCCCGCCACGACCCACCGUCGGACCGGUCGUCAUCGAUCCGCCGGCCAUGAACAUGGCCCUCAUGCCGCAAUUGCCCACCGUCCAGAUGGCCCAAAUCGCUUCGUUGAACGUCGACUGCGCCAAAGAAUCGAUGCUGGUCAAAAUCAAAUUCGAUCGCCCCUUCGGCGGAUUGAUCUACUCCAAGGGUUUCCAUAGCAACUUGGAUUGCCAUUACGUCCGGUACGGAUCGAACCGCGACUCAUACGAAUUUCUCAUCCGCUUGGAAUCCUGCGGAUCUCAGUGGGUCGAUGCCUUGGCCAGCGGUGGACAGGCUUACCUUGAGAACGUCAUCAUCAUCCAGAACGAGCCGGGCAUCCAAGAGAUCUGGGACACUUCUCGCUCGAUCCGUUGCUUCUGGGAAGGAUCGCUGGAGAAGACGGUCUCUUACGCCUUCAACAUCGACAUGCUGGACACUCAGAUCGUCAGCUUCAGCGGCGAUUCGGCCACGGCCAGCAUGGACAUCCAAAUCGGCAAGGGACCCAACGCUCCCAGCGUCAACGGACUGGUGAAGAUUGGCGACACGUUGACGAUGGUCGUCGCCAUCGAGGGCGACCCAGGCUUCGACGUCCAGGUCCAGGAGUGCAUCGCCCACGACGGCGACCGUGCCAACGCCGUGACGCUGACCGACAAGAGCGGCUGCGUUCUCAAGAAGAAACUGAUGGGACCGUGGCAGAAGACCACACAGACCGGCCGGCCCGGAGUGUCACUGGUCGCCUUCUCCUUCUUCCAGGCCUUCAAAUUUCCCGACCAGAUGGAAGUCUUCCUCGAAUGCAACGUCGAACUCUGCAAAAACGGAUGUGACGUCUGUCCGGAAGACGCCAGUCUCUUCGACAUCCGCAGUAACCGCAGCCGCCGUAGCGCCAACAACGCCACUGAAAUUUCGGACGUCCGCUUGCGCCGAUCGCUGCGCGUCAUCUCCAACGAGGACAUCGCCUAUAAACCGGAUUCCCAUUCGGUCGUGACACUCACCACAGGUGAGUAAACAAAUAUGCAAAUCAACUGCACACGAGCACAACAACAGCAACGAAAUGUGAAAUCCGCUCACGACCUUUUUCCAACGGUCACCCGCUUCCGCACGAUAAAAAAAUUUGAUGAAUGAAAUGUUGGACGAAAAAGAUAAGAGUUGACUGAUUGACUGAUUUUUGUGUUUGAAUGGUAAUAACGACGAGGAUUUAAUUUUUUUAUUGACUUACCUGCGGCCAGUAUUAUUUUGUGUGUCAUGUGGGCAUUAACGAAUGUCUUUUUCAAUUUUUCCUUAUACUCAAAUGAAUCUCUCUCUCUUUACUCUUGAAAGACAACGAGAUGACAACUAUUAUCUUCAACUCUCUCUAUAGAUAGACAAACACACACACAUGUGCAAUCGCCAUUUUUAUACCCACUCCAUCGCAAUUAAUCAUUUCCUAAUAACAACAUAGCCUUGCUGGAUUAUUUUUUUGAAAUCGAAAUUCGGAACAGCAAUAAAAAGAAAUAUGUCUCAUCA